UCCAAAAAGAAUACUUAGUACAGUAGAAUCAAAAAUUUCAAGAACUUCCAUUUUUUCGUCCAAGAACCAUUUUUCUGCAUUGUUUCAACAAUGGAGGAAGAUAAGAAUAUACCCAGAGAGGAAGCAAUGUAUAUAUCAAGAAAAUGUUGGUACAAGUUCAAGAAAGUGUCAAGUCUUGGUCUUUUGACUCCGUUUAUUGUUUGUUUAGCUUCGGGGAAUCUAAAAAUUGGCACAUUCAUGAAUUUCAUAGCUCAAGAUCCUUACUACCAAAAAGCAUUUGCUAAAGCGUAUGAAGCUGCAGAAAAGUGUACUGAUGAUGAUGAUGCAAAGUUGGCCCUUCGUGAAAUGCGGAUGAUUUCCAUUAGAGAAUUCAAGAUGGAAGAUGCGUUUCUUAAAGAGUGGGACGCUCAUAUUGGCGAUAAGUGCACUCUCAAUCCCAGAACAGUCAAGUUGACAGAGUUCUUAAAGGCUACAGCCUCAGGAAGGAUUGAAGGAGUAAACCCUGCUACAUUUGAAACACCGUUUGAGAGAACUAAGUUGCCAGCUUAUAUCCUUGGUGCUAUGAUUCCUUGCCUUAGACUUUAUGCCUACCUUGGUAAGGAGCUUCUAAUGUUUCUUCAGGGGAAUACAACUCAUCUAUAUAAGACAACCAUUCGAGCUUAUGCUUCUGAAAGUUUGGAGGAAUUGGUUAAGAAAAAUGAGAACUUGUUGGACAAACUAAGCAUCACUUUGACAGGCAACGAGCUCAGCAUCAUUGAGAAGCUUUAUCAUCAAGCAAUGAAAAUUGAAUUGGGGUUCUUGUUAGCGCAGCCACUUGAUCAGAAAUCUGUCAUCCCUAUAUCAAGAGAGCACAAUCUUGAUGAAGAACGGCUUGUGAUAUUCUUUAAGUUUGAUUUGACAUGCACGGUUAUUGAUUCUUCAGCCAUAUUGGCAGAAAUGACAAUUGUAUCAGCACCAAAAUCUGGUGAAGAUCAACCAGAGAAUCAACUUGUUCGACUGUUGUCAGAUGAUCUUAAAAGUACAUGGGACGAUAUCUGUAAGGACUAUACCGAUGAAUAUGAGCAAUGCAUAGACACACUGUUGCUCACUUUUGAAAAAGCUGAAAAACUUGAUUAUGAAAGGCUGCAUAAAGCACUUGAGCAGCUUUCAGAUUUUGAGAAAAGAGCUAAUACAAGGGUGAGUGAAUCUGGAGUACUGAGAGGUCUGAAACUUGAAGACAUAAAGAGAGCUGGGGAGCUGAUGAUUAUUCAGGAUGGUUGUAAAAACUUCUUCCAGAGCAUAAUAAAAAAUGAACAGUUGAAUGCAGACAUUCAUGUCCUCUCUUGUUGUUGGUGCAGUGACCUUAUAAGGUCUGCCUUUUCAUCAGGGGGUUUGGAUGUUGUGAAUGUGCACGCGAAUGAGUUAAUAUUUGAAGAAAAUGUUUCCACUGGUGUAAUUGUUAAGAAAGUUGAAUGCCCCUUUGACAAGGUUCAAACCUUCAGUAAAGUUUUAAACAACUACAGCAAUGACAAAAAGAAUCUGAUUGUUCACAUUGGGGAUACCAUGAGUGAUUUGCUUUGCUUGCUACAAGCAGAUAUUGGCAUUGUGUUUAAUCCAAGUCCAAGUCUAAUGAGAGUUGGGAAUCAUUUUGGUGUUUCUUUCAUUCCGCUGUACCGUGGCAUUGUUGAGAAACAGAAGACUUUUACUGAGAAAGACUCAACUAGUUGGAACAGACUCUCUGGUGUUCUCUAUACCGUUUCUAGCUGGGCUGAGAUUCACAUGUUCAUACUGGGAUCGUUGUACACAGAUUAGUCGUGUUAAUUAGGACGUACAGAAAUUCAUACAUAGUGAUAUUAGAUCAUACAAUACAGCAUGGUGGCAAGUUUUAUUGCAGUCCACAGAUCAACUCAUUUUACAAGACCAUCUCUUCAGAAGUGUAAAUGUUUGAUUCGUUGAAUCAUCGUGAGGAAGUUGGUGCUUCAACAAUAUUGCUCAAGUGUUUUAUACAUGAUUGUUUUGUUACAAAUUCUUGCUGUUCAGUACAAGAAAAGAUAGUGAGCUGAAAAUUUAUAGCUUCAUAGCUUUGUUUUUUGUUUUGCAGCUAUUAAGAACAAGUACUAUUGUUAAAUGCAUAAGACAUUCUAUACAGUCAA